AUGUUCGAUGGCCCUGUGAGUGACUCACUAGCGCUUGACUCCUUAUUGGGUCUUAAUGAGCCACCAGCUUACCACAAUUCAAUUGACGCUUUCUCAUUGAUCAUAGACUAUACGCUAUUUGACUCUCCGGCGAUUCCCCACAGAGAUCCAGUGCCACUGUACUUUGAUGUGCUUGUUUCCGCCACGCUCAAUGGCCAGAGAACCACAACCGUUUGCCGAGAGACCCUCUUCUCGACUGUCAGAAGUAUAAAGGAGCAAAUAACAGACAAGUUCAACCUUGAUAGUUCAGCUUUUGGCUUGAAAGUACCUAAUGAAAACGUGCUAGAUGAGGAGCUAACUCUUCGAGAAGUCUUGGGUCUAGACGUUCCUCUUCCAAGGACUGAGCGUCUUGAGCUUCAACUAGCGGAGAGAGGCACACUGCUCUUGAAGAUCUAUGAGCUGGCUACCGGAAAGCAUUUCUCAUCCAUACAUGUCACGAACGCCACCACGGUUCAAGAAGUCAAAAACGUCGCCUCGAGAUUCGCCGGAACUCCUGUCCACCUUGUACGGCUAUACUGUAGAGCACAUAUAAUAGCCGAACCUAGCGUCGAGGAGGAUAAGCGUGCGAUCCUUGAUAUCCUUCAGUUAGGAAUGGCGUCAGGCGAGGCAUUCGAGGUCGAAUACGACGUGGCAGAUCGUUUGACCACCCUUAUCAACGGAGAAGAGUGGACUCCAACGGGAACAUCCUAUGUGGAGAUUGAAAACAUGAAUGGUGCUAAAAAAGUUGUCAACCAAGCUGCUUUGUCAACAAGCACUUAUGAGAUACAAUUCCAAGGAACAUUUUUACGUCUCGACUCGUCAGAAUGCAUCAUGAAUGAUGAUGAGGGCUAUGUUCUUAUAAGCCCUAUAGGGUACUCAAAAUUACGCAACAAAUGGGGGAAUAGGGUUCAGAUGGCACAUCAACGGAAUAGAGUGUUGAACAACGAUAUGAGACAUCGAGUCUUGCAACCUAAUCCAACUCUACAACCUCAUGUGAUGCAGCCUCGACAGAAUGGUGACGUCGCUGAGCCGGUUCACAGGGCACACGAAGCUGAUCCAGUACAGCUUCAGGAAGAGAUGGCGGAGAGGGACCAACUUCGGAAUAUUGCUGGACAAAGGCAGACAGUUUUCACUCGCUUGAUUGCCGCUGCAAUGGCUAAUCGUCAAAAUCUUCGGAGGAUGGGCAUUAAUCUCUUCUUCAUGGCCGUGAUUGGGUUUGAUAUGUUAUUCCUUCUCACCGUCCCCAAGUAUGCCGCGUUGAUUGUUUUGUUCACUAUCCUCUACUCCAUAUUUGUUCGUGGCAGAGAUAUCAGUGACUGGCUCGACCACUGGAUAUUAGGCGAGGGGGCUCCAAAUACCAUUCCGUUCCGAAUCGUCAGAUUUAUAUCCAUGUCAAUACGAGCUGGAUAUAAUAUGUACCAUUUCAACUUCGAUCGAUUCUACAAUUCCGUCUCGAAUAUGGCGAUGGGAUUGAUUCCUUCCAAAGAAGAGUAUCUAGAAAUGGCUGCCAGGCGUGCCGACUCAAUUUCCUACUACGCGCUUUGCGUUAUUAGGGAGAUAUGCGGGCUCAUAUUGUUGUUCGGGGCGACCAUAAUACCCACCGUGGAGAACGCAUAUGCUGAGCAGGACCUUACACGGAGAAAUCAAACCAGAGAUCGCCUAAUUUCUAAAAUGCAAACACUAAUAAAAGAUGCCGAGAUUAGACACGAUUUUCAAGAAGUGAAGGCAUAUAUCGAGCGAAAUCAUGGUAGUCUCAAUGAAAUCUACGCUUUGCAAGAUAGCGAAGCUCUCGUUAAAGCAUACUUCACAAUCAUAAGGACAUGCGGAGCAACGCCGGAGGACAUCGUCGUACUCAACAGAAUGGCGGGGGAAGCUGCUGAGGCACGGAACUAG